AUGAUAGUGGCAGAGUAUGCUAGAGACCCAUGGGCAUCAGGGAUAGUUGAUGGGUCAGUUAUUGAUACUCGGUAUACACUUGUAGAUGAUUUGAUUAUCUACAAGAGCAGGAUUUUUCUAGUCCCAGGAUCGAAGGUGAAGCAAUCUAUAUUGAGGGCUCUUCAUGAUUCACCUACAGUUGGUCACCCUGGGUACUUCAAGACAUAUAGACAGGUUUGGGAGUGGUUCACUUGGAAAGGGCUUAAGUCAGAUGUUUUGCAGUAUGUUCGUGAGUGCCCUGUUUGUCAGCAGAACAAACAAGAGCACACCUUUCCAGCUGGGCUCCUACAGCCACUUCCCAUUCCAGAUCAGAAGUGGGAAUGCAUAUCUAUGGACUUCAUUACGGGCUUUCCCAAGGCUCAAGGGUAUGAUUGCAUCUACUUAUCACCCACAGAUGGAUGGACAGACGGAGAUAGUGAACAAGUGGGUGGAAGGUUAUUUGAGGAAUUACGUGGUUGGUCAGCAGAGGGCAUGGGUGAGAUGGAUUCAUUUGUAGUUCCACGUGCCGGGGAUUUGCUUCAGGAGAGCAAGGACAUUGUUGAUGCUCUCAAGGAUAAUAUGCCCUACAAACAGUCUACUCUUAAGAAGAGUGGGUCAGAAAAGCUUAAGCCACGCUAUUAUGAGCCUUUCAGGAUUAUCAAGCGGGUAGGAGAGUUGGCUUAUGAGCUUGAGCUUCCAGCAGAUAGCAGGGUGCACAAUGUGUUCCAUGUGUUGCGCCUCAAGAAGGCAUUAGGACAGCAUGUUGUGCCUUCCACAGUGCUACCACCCUUGGAUGAUGAGGGGAAGUUGAUAUUGGUGCCAGAGUCUAUUUUGGAUAGUAGGGAGAAAUAG